AUGUCGCCAUUUUACGCUUUGGAUGGAGGCGGCGGCGGGUGGUUAGAGUCGCGGGUCGACACGCAAUGGACGCCGGAAAGUGAUUCGAGCCGGACGGGUUAUGGCAUGCUCCAGUCGGCGACGAACUCGGCAACGGAUUCACAGACCUUCACCCAAUUCCGGUUUGCCGCCGCCAAAUCCAUCAGAACAUCCACCAUCAUCUUGGCUUCUUUCAAUACCAUUGCCGCUUUGGUGACGGCUGUUGGGAUUUUGACCGAUACCUACCAACGUGAGAAGAAGGAGAAUAAGAGGUUUAGGUUUAGUCGGAAUGGCUUCUCCUUUGUGCCCGCGACCGAAGCGUUCCCGCUUAUCCUAUCCGCCGGUAUUGUUGUCCAGGGCAUCACAUUUGCGGUUGCCCAAUCGACGGGACUCGAUUCGCUCUUUGGCUCCGGUUGUACCCUGAUCGCCAUGUUUAUGUUUCCUGCUAUUCUCGACCGCUCGUCCAACUUUUGCAUCACUUCGCUUUUCUGGUUCCUCGCACACUAUUCGGUCGGGUGUUUUGGUCUUCUUGUGGGCAUAUCUGCUUUGCUCUUGGUUUGCGCCGUGGUCGUCUUCGUGAGGUUGCACCGGAGCAACAAGGUCGAGCUCGUCGAGAGAGCUGCGGCUUCAAGGAUGGUUUAUUACAUGGCACUAGCCAUCAUAUCUGAAGCUUUUAUGAUCCCAUAUUUCUACGUCAUUGCUUUUGGGGGCCAAAGAAGGCACGCUCUCAACUUGUCCAUGGUUGCUGCUGUUGUCGCCAAUAUCUCCGGCUUGAUGACAGGAGGUUUAUACUUGUUUCUGAAAUUCAACGCCUCAUCCACGAUCGGGCCGAAGAACAAGGAUGCCGAUUACGAGAAUCGAAGGGAAGGGUACAACAAGGCCGAACGAUACGAGUCGAGCGGAUUGGACUUCGACAGCCACAUCAUGCGACCGGUGACGAGCCCCGGCAGAGUCCGCCGCUUGGGCAGCAACGCCAGUCUAAUAAGGACGGCCAGAGAUGAAGAAGAAGAGAACAGCCCCACAACACCAACUAUCCUCUUCCGUGCACCCACGAUUCCAGAGCCCGCCCAGAUGCCCUCGACAUCCUCUGCCGCCGCAAAUCAUAUGCAAAAAGAGUCCUAUUCACUUUUCCCCACCCACCCAGGGGCACCGACCGCAAGACCAUCCGCCGCCCUACUAUCAUCUACAACAUAUACACCUGUCUCUUCCUCCACACUUUCAGACGCCAGUACCCUCAAGCCCCCACCAUCAAUGGGUUUCCUCGCCGCCCGUGGGCACCGAAGGAACUCUUCCCUAGUCUCAUCAGCAACAGUCCAGAUUGGCCUGCGUCUCUCGUCAGUUGAGAACGUACCUCCACUCCUCAGUCCCGGUACCGACGUCCACGGCAUCAACUGCCCCAAGCUCGAUCGGAAGAACACGAUAAUACCAGAAAGGAAACAACAGCCUCUUUCUCCUCGGUUGAUAACGGACUUUGAUAAUAAUACGCCCGUUGUCAACAAAGAAUAUCUGCGGAGGGAUUCAAUGACGUACACGGAACCUGAGGCCGAGGGCGAGAAACAUGAACAAGAACAAGAACAACUCGAGACGCUCAGUCCCACCAUCUACAACUCAAAGAGUCCCGCAGAUGAGCCGGUGCUGCUUAGUUCAAAGGUUUAUACGCCUGCGAGUCCGGCACAGAAGCUGGAGACACUCAGCCCGAAGGUUUACUCGCCAACUGGCCCGGCUGCGGCUGAGGAGGUGGUGACGCUUAGUGCGAAGACGUAUUCGCCUACGACUCCUACCAAGGCUAAAUUACCUAGCCCGCGAAGCCCCCAGGGUGAUGAUGGUGGGGAGUUGUUGUCGAGCGCGAGGUAUACACCGUGA